GAGUUGGGUUUUGCUUUGUGCUGCAUCGUAGCCGCAGCCGCUGAUGGUGAAGCCCCGUCCCGGUCCCGGUCCCGUGAGCAGACGGAGCCUCGGUUGAAGGAGCCGCCGGGGGAGGGAUGCGGCCCGCUCGCCCGCUGCGCUGCUCGCCGUUCCGGGCCGUGCUGGGCGGCCUGCUGCUGGUGGCCGGGCUGCAGCUGCUCUACCUGUCGCUGCUGCCGGGGCUGCAGGGCCGGGGCCGGGGGAGGCGGCGCGGCGGCGGCUCCCCCUCGCACGGCCUGCCCGACCCCGACCCCGAGCCGGAGCGGCGGCGGCGGGAGCUGAGCCGGGCGCUGGAGGGCGGCGGCCAGACCGACCCGUCGGGCCGCUACCGCCUGUACCCGGACGUGACCCGGGCGCCGGUGCUGAGCCGGCGGCCCAGGCCCGGCCACCUCCUCGGGCUCGCCACCCACUGCUCGGCCAACAACCUGCACCACUUGCCCGGCCUGGUGCGCCGCUGGCGGGCCCCGCUCUCGCUGGCCCUGUUCGCCACAGCCGCCGACCUGCCCGAGGCCCUGCGGGCCCUCUACCUCCUCGGCCUGCACUGCCCGGGGGUGCGGGAGCUGGUGGCCUUCACCCUGGUCACGCCAGCCCGGGUGCCGGCCGCCUUCCCCCCGGGGGAGGAGGAGGAGCAGGCCUCGGACCCCGACCUCGAUUUGGACCUGGAGCCCGAGCUGCCGCCGCCGUGCCGGCGGGCCCUGCGCCCGGUGCUGCGGCUGCGGCGCCGCUACGCCAACUACGGGCUGGCGAACGCCUCGUACCCGGGCAACCUGCUGCGCAACGCCGCCCGCCGGGCCCUGCCCUCCCGCUACGUGGCCGUGAUCGACGUCGACAUGCUGCCGAGCGGCGGCCUCCACCGCCGGCUGCUGGAGCUGCUGUCGGCCCCAGGCCCCGGCCCGCAGCCCGGGCCCGCCGUCUACGUGCUGCCCGCCCUGGAGAUGCGCCGCAGCCGCCGGGUCCCGGCCGACAAGGCCGAGCUGCAGCGCCUGUACCAGGUGGGCGAGGUGCGGCCCUUCUACGGCGAGCUCUGCCCCCGCUGUCACGCCCCGACCAACUACAGCCGCUGGAUCAACCUGGCGGCCGGGCCCGGCCUCGGCGUCGCCUACACGCUGGCCUGGAGCGACCCGUGGGAGCCCUUCUACGUGGGGCCGCGCUCGGUGCCGCCCUACGACGAGCGGUUCGAGCAGUACGGCUUCAACCGCAUCAGCCAGGCCUGUGAGCUGCAUGUGGCUGGUUAUUCCUUCGCCAUCCUCGACAACGCCUUCCUCAUCCACAAAGGCUUCAAGGUCGCCGGCGAGUUCCACCCUCAGAAGGACAACGAGAAUCGCCACAACCGCAUCCUCUUCCGCCAGUUCAAGCAGGAGCUGAGGCAGAAGUACCCCGAGUCGCCACGCCGGUGCUGAUCCGGCACAGUGCCGACCCACGCCUACCGCGCAGUCCCCCGGCGGCUCACUCCCGAGGCUCGGGGCGCAGGACGGGUAUCGACCGGCGCAGUUGAGAGUGGGCCGUAGGGGAAAGAGACCUUGUGGCUUUGUGGGGGCGUACAACUUGUAUCAGCAGGGCACCGAGCCUCCUGUCCCAGGGAACUUGUGUCCAUCGGAUACGGUACCGGUGGGGACGGGUCUGUCACUGUGUAACACCGGGGUGCGGUACCGGUGGGGACGGGUCUGUCACUGUAAAACACUGUGGGACAGUACCGGUGGGGGCGGGUCUGUCACUAUAAAACACUGUGGGACAGUACCGGAGGGGACGGGUCUGUCACAGUGUAUAACACCGGGGUACAGUACCGGAGGGGACGGGUCUGUCACAGUGUAUAACACCGGGGUACGGUACCGGUGGGGACGGGUCUGUCACUG